GGUCUGUGCAGCCUCAGCAGGAGAGACAGCAAAAGCCAGAGGGACAAGGAUGCUCUGAACCCUCCGACAAGAUGAUCAAAUCCUUCAAGCAAACAUUUCUGUCCCUGGAUCUGCAGUCCCCUCGGUGGAGCUCAGCAGAGACAAUGGCCAAGGAUUACGAGCUGCGUCAGUACGAGACAGCCAAGUGGGUCAGCACAGUCAUUAGGGGAGAAACCCAGAAGGAGGCCAUGCGCCAGGGCUUCUGGAAGCUCUUCCACUACAUCCAAGGGAAAAACAACAAAGAAAUGAAGAUUGAUAUGACUGUACCAGUGACAUGCCUGAUAAAAUCCGACUGUGCAGACUUCAAGGUCUCUUUCUUUGUGCCCUUUGAGCAUCAGGACUCUCCCCCCCAGCCCUCCGACUCAGAUGUGUUCAUUGAAGAGCGGAAGGCAGCAGCCAUCUUUGUCCGGUCCUUCGGUGGAUUUGCCUCCCCAGAGAAAUAUGCUGAAGAAGCUGAAGUCUUGGCCAGAACCUUAAGAAACAGUGGGCAAUCAUUCCAUGAAGAUUUCUUUUAUACUGCAGGCUAUGACAGUCCCUUCAAGCUCUUCAACAGGCACAACGAAGUGUGGUAUUUUAAGAAGUAAAAUGUGGAGGGGAAUACUGAGAGGCUACUAAUCAGCUCUGGAUGGAAACAGAUCACAUUAAUGGCUUUUGCUUUAGUGCAGAAGAAAUUUAAUUUGCACAUGGGCACAUGAUCAUGUCCAAUUUGUUUUCUAGAGAAUGAAAUACUUUUCUGGCUAAAAAUAUUUGAGCCCUUUCUGCAAUUUCUAACUUGAAUUCAAGUAGAUUGUACCAGCUGGAGUAGGAGAGAUGACAAACCUAUUACUGUUAAUGAAGGGUUCUAGGGAUCACCAAUCAUCUGAAAAUAUUCCUGCAGAACAGUUUGGAUAUCUAGUUAUACUUCUCAUUAGAAGUGCUACAGCAAUAGCUCAAGUGUUACGGAGGAGUCCUUCACAGAGCCAAUUUUUCCUACACUGAUACCACUCCCAAGACAACAGAAAUACAAAGGAAACUAGUUUUCCAGAGAUGAAACAGACCAUUAAUGAGCUUAGAGUAGCAGCAACGCUUUAGCAGGCCCCAGCACCACAAUAUAUAGCAACCUUUUUUAAAAACUAGUAUUGCCAAAAUCCCCCACCUCUCCACUCAACUGUUGUUUCUUCACGGAGGCCCGACACUGCCUUGCUCCAGACCAAUGCCAGUGACCAGGUUAGACUGAGUCCAGUGCAAAAGGAUUAACUGUGCAAACUGCAUGCUUAUUCUGUGCACAUCUGCGCUUCAACACAUAGUGCCAGACUUACUGGUGGCCUGCAAUUUUAGGAGCAAUUAUACUAGUAGCAGUAUUUAGAUCUCACCUACAACACACUAAUUACUACCUUAAUCAUAUAGCUUUGUCCAAAUCUUAAUAUCACUCAGGUCAAAUGCAGUCUGUACACUCGCACUGACACCCAAGUUAAGACACUUGCAGGACUAGCAUUUAAACUAGUUCAGACCCUGCUCUACAUCAAGUAUUUGAAGCCUAAAGCUGUUUUUCAGUAAGCUAUUCCAGUCAGAAAGCAGUUCACAGCAACACAUAGUUUACAAAUUUUUAUUAGUUCCAAUCAGUACUUUACCAGUGUGGUAAAAAAACCCAACCCUUGGCUUUUUUAAUGCUGUUCAUGCCAAGUGGAACCCAUUAUUCUGCAAUCCUCCACCUAUUAAAACAGACAUAAGAACGAUUAUAAGGCAUCAGACCAACACAAGAAGCUUGCUGGGAACAAUUCAGACCUUAGGUUUUCAUCUCUGUUCAGUGAGAGAGUUCAAGCUAAGGUUAUCAUCAUUUGUUCCGCCAAAUAAACAUCAUUACUACAGCUGCACUCACCUUCUUGGUUUCUUCAUGCAGUAGUUUCAAACUUGAGUCCUCACCUAAAGCAAGAAAAACCAUCAUUAACUUAUGCAAUAGCAUAACUGCUAAAAAGCUCCACAGCAGCUUUGUAACCUCAGAGAAAAGUGGAACGGAAAUGGUAAUAUCACAGUAAUUCAUUUGGCAGAAUCAAAUUUCAUCAGUGGCUACAAAUAUUCCCACAAGUUUUUAACAGAAACCAUCUGCUGUGUGGUCUUACCCAUUGAGGCUGCAGACAGUACAAUCCUUUCCUGAGAAAGAAAAAAAGGGGCUUCAGAAUAAUAAAACCACUGUAUGCAAGUUUUAUUACUUAGCUAUGAAAUUCUCUUUACCAAACUCAAUUUUGCUUACAAGGAGGCUGCAUUUCAGCUGGCAACUGACAAGGACUUCAGCUUCCAGUACCCAAACACAAUACACACAGCUUGCUAAUACUAACUGAACUGGAAAUACAGAGUUACUAACAUUGGGAGAAUCUGGGGAAAAGCAAAAAGGUAUUAUUUGCUUUGUGAUACUGUACCUCCCAACACAAAAUUGUAUUCUGCAAGUUUUGAUACCUAAAACACAAGUCCCACAGAAAUCAUCCCAAAAAAUUUGUUUUAAUUUAAGAGUGAAAACCAGUCUGCUGGAGGAAACAAGUUUGUACAGCAAUUAUCUAGAACUUGGAUCCUACAUUUGCAUAGAGCCAAUGUAACUGCAUGAGCAAAAGUUACCCAACAGUGACAGCCACAGCAUAUUGGGUUGGUGUUCUCCCGUUUUCUUCAAGAGUGUAGUCUUAUGCACAGCCAGAAAGAUUAGAUAAGAGUUAUAUGAGUUAUGUUUGCUGUUGAUCAUUCUGCUCUAGUAAAUCAACACUGUACUGGCUAUGUGGUUGUCACCGAUUCGGCUCCUUUAGUAUUCCCACUGUGCAAAGACAUUCGGCAAGGAAAAAAAAACCUGUUUUCAGAAC